CUCCAACGUCCAAAUGGACUCGACUAAAAACGGUUCCAGCAGAACCUAUUCACUCUUAUUUCGUUUUACGCGAAACCUAAGACUUUAGCUUUGCUUGUGAGUUGUGAAUUGUGAUAAACAUCCUCCGAAAGUUCCGCACGCAUACUUUAUAUUCUGAGUUGUGAAUUGGAAGGUAUCGUUUAACUACUUUGUUCCACAACUGGUUCUCAAUUGUUUUGUACUUUCCUUGAGGACUUUCGGAGUGUUCGAUGUUAGAGUAAUAAACACAGAUUCUUGUUCUGUCUUGUAGUUGACUCUCUUUGUUUGGUUGGAGGUUUUUGUGUCUGUCCUAAAAUUGUAGUUUUUAGGUACAGCCAAAAUGGGGUUUUGGGUCUAUCAAUCUUGAUUGAAAGUUGAAAGUGAAAAGUUUGUGGAAUUGUAACGAACCCAUUUCGAUUUUUGAUUUGAAGUUCUUGUUUUUGUUCCAAUAGUCUAGUUUCUGUGUAAAGAAAUCAUGGGGUUGGGCAUAUAUACCCCCUUUUAGGUACAGCCAAAAUGGGGUUUUGGGUUUAUCAAUCUUGAUUGAAAGUUGAAAGUGAAAAGUUUGUGGAAUUGUAACGAACCCAUUUCGAUUUUUGAUUUGAAGUUCUUGUUUUUGUUCCAAUAGUCUAGUUUCUGUGUAAAGAAAUCAUGGGGUUGGGCAUAUAUACCCCCUUUUAGGUACAGCCAAAAUGGGGUUUUGGGUCUAUCAAUCUUGAUUGAAAGUUGAAAGUGAAAAGUUUGUGGAAUUGUAAUGAACCCAUUUCGAUUUUUGAUUUGAAGUUCUUGUUUUUGUUCCAAUAUUCUAGUUUCUGUGUAAAGAAAUCAUGGGUUUGGGUAUAUCAACUUUGAUAGGAUUGAAAGCAACUGUUAUGUUCUUGUGCUUUGCAUACCUUAGAAACAGUGACUUAACAUUGUUAUCAAUGCCAUUCCUGUAUGCCUCUUUGGUAGAUUUCUUAGUUUCGAUUGCUUCACUCCCAUCCAUUGAUCUUCCCUUGCUCUUGGGCAAGAACCCAGAUGGGACCUUCCCCAUUUGGUCCAAAAUAAUGUUUAGCCCGUACUUGAACUUUGUUCGGGGUUUCUCAGCAUUGCGGAGAUUGAAAAGUGGGGAAGAUCCUUAUAAUGAAGUUAGUGAGGGUUUGUAUGUUGGUGGAUGGCCUUAUUCGCCAGAUAAAUUGCCCCCGGGUAACCCUGCAGUUAUCGAUUGUACCUGUGAAUUGCCAAGAAUGCUGGAAUUCUCGGGGCAUGCCUAUUUGUGCAUCCCGGCUUGGGAUACAAGGGCUCCUAAGCCAGCUGAUAUCGCAACUGCUGUUCGGUGGGCUUGUCGAAAGAGAGCGCUGAAUAGGCCUGUGUUCAUCCACUGUGCUUAUGGUCAUGGAAGAAGUGUUGCUGUCAUGUGUGCACUAUUAGUGGCUCUAGGCAAGGCAGAAGAUUGGAAAAAUGCUGAGAGGUUAAUUCGAGAAAGACGCCCUUAUAUCCAUAUGAAUGCUCUCCAGUAUAAGGCCCUAGAAGAAUGGUCCAAAAACCAGUUAUUUUCUCCUUUGAAGAAUGGAGAAAUGGAUUAAGUUCUUUAAUUCUAUCUAAUGCUUCUUGUUGCUUGCAAUCCAAUAGGGCUGCAAAGAAAAAUGAAUGACAUGCUUCCUUUUAUUGCAUCAGCUAUUAUUUCUCAUUACACACAUCUAAUUUUUGCAAUUGAAUUACUAUGACUUUCUAGUGGAUCUUAAUUUGAUUUUCAGUUGAUACUAAACUUUAAAUUAAUAAUGUAACAGUGACCAACUUCUUGAUUCAAGAAGAUUUUGUUCUGUACCCACUGUAAUAUUAUGACCUGCUCUACCAUCCAUUUGAAUA